AUGGAUAGAGAUCAAAAGAAAAAAGAGUUGGAGCAAACCAAAAAUGAAAUGAGAAGAAAACUCGAAGAGUAUAAAGAGAGAAAUAGAAUCAUGGCAUCAAAAACUACACCAACAGCAACAACAACUUCAACACUUAAUACAGCAUCAACACCAUCACCACCAGUUGCACAAGAGGAUUUUAAUUCAAUUAUGAAUUCAAUUGAUUCAAUGGUACCAACACAAGCAACACCAUCAUCAUCAUCGACAAUAUCAACAUCAACCCAUGCAGAAUCACAAAAAUCAAAUUAUAUUAGACCAACAUUAACAAUUCAAAGUUUAGUGAUUGAACAUGACUUUCCACCAAAAGAAAUACCAAUGUAUUCAAAAGGUACACAAACAAUGACAGAUGCAGAUACUUCAAAUACAAAUAAUACACCAGAGUUAGAAGCACCAAAUAAAAAUAAAACAAAAUAUCAAUUAUUACAACAACAACAACAACAACAACAACAACAGCAAUCAUCACUCAAUCAAGAUAUGCAAAAUUUAUCAAUUGGUACAGAUUCAAUCAAUGGAGAUGGUUCAUCAACAUCUGUUGCCAAUAGUGCAAAUAUAGAUGAUGACGAUAAAGAUGAAAUUGAAAUUCCAGAAUUGGAUGAAAAUGAAAAGAAAGAUAUUUUAGAAUCAGACUCAUUCAAAUCAUUUUUUGGAAGAUCAUCAAGAGUUAUUGAAAGAGCAUUAUGUUUGGAUGAUUCUAUUGAUAUUUUAGUUGAUUAUACAAUUUCUGAUGAAAAUUCAAAAGGAACAUCAAAAGAACUUAAAUUAUUAGCAACAUUAUCAGAUGAAAGAUGGACUAAACAUAGAUCAAUUACAGAUAUUAGUUGGUCAACAAAACAUCCAGAAUUAGUUGUAUCAUCAUAUUCUGCAAAUGAAGCAGGUUCACACGACCCAGAUGGUGUUGCAUUGGUUUGGAGUGUUAAUAAUUAUUUCCAAAAACCAGAAUAUGUUUUUACUUGUCAAUCACCAGUAAUGACAACAUUCUUCUCUAAAUUUCAUUCAACAUUAAUCGUUGGUGGUACAUAUUCAGGUCAAAUUGUAAUUUGGGAUACUCGUGCUGAAGCAAAACCAGUACAAAAAACACCAUUAUCAAGUGUUGGUCAUACACAUCCAGUCUAUAGUAUGGCAGUUGUUGGUAGUGCCAAUGCAAACAGUUUGGUAUCAAUUUCAACCGAUGCAAAAUUAUGUUCAUGGAAUUUAGAAAAUCUUUCACAACCAAUAGAAACCAUAGAAUUGAAUAGUAGUAAUACAAACUCUGCAAAUAAAGCGGGUGGCGGUGGUAGUGGUGGCGGUGCACCAAAUAUGUCAAUCGCUGUAACUUCUUUAGUGUUCCCAGAGAAUGAAUUGAAUCAUUUCUACAUUGGUACUGAAGAGGGUGUCAUUUGUCAAGCUGGUCGUCAUGGUAAUAGAAUCGUUAUGAAUGAACGUUAUAAAGGACACUUUGGUCCAAUCACCUCGGUUGAUUUACAUCCAUCAAAGGGUGGUGCCGAUUUCUCACAAUAUUUCCUCAGUUCUUCAACAGAUUGGACUUGUAAAUUAUGGUCAUCCAAAAAAGAGACUCCACUUUACUCUUUUGAAGAUUAUGUCGAUUACGUUUAUGAUGCACGUUGGUCACCAGUUCAUCCAUCUAUUUUCUCAACUGGUGAUGGUAGUGGUACACUUUCACUCUGGGAUCUCAAUCAAGAUUUAGAAGCACCAAUCUUUCGUCAUAAAAUCUCAAAUAGAUCUGUUAAUCGUCUUGCUUGGAGUCAUGAUGGUAAACGUAUAUUAGUUGGUGAUUCUGGUGGUUCACUCUCUCUCUUUGAUUCAAGUGAAUUCUCUUCUCCAACUUCUGAAGAAUAUUCUCAAUUUGAAGAUGUUAUGACUAAAAUGGUUAAUAAAUCUAGAACUUCUGAUUCACCAUUAUUAGGUGAAGGUGAAAAUCAAGAAUAA